AUGUUAUCUCGUAGACUAGUGAACACUUUCGGUAGGAAGAAUUUAGGACAGCAAAUUAGAAAGCUUUCAAUUCAUGAGUAUAGAUCUGCGGAGCUUUUGCGUCAAUAUGGGAUUGGAACGCCCAAGGGCAGUGCGGCUAGUUCAGCAGAGGAGGCGUAUCAGGUUGCCAAGGGGUUAGGUGCUGAGAGUAGUGAUUUGGUUGUUAAGGCGCAGGCCUUGACUGGUGGCAGAGGCAAAGGGCAUUUCGACACUGGGCUGCAAAGUGGUGUCCAUAUGAUUUCUAGUUCUGAGGAGGCCAAGGAUCUAGCUGAAAAGAUGGUAGGUCACAAGCUUAUUACUAAGCAGUCCGGUGCUAACGGUAAGCUUGUUAGCGCUGUUUAUAUUGUCGAGCGUGUUAAUGCGAAGCAUGAGGCGUACUUGUCUAUCUUGAUGGACAGACAAACUAAGAAGCCAUUGAUUAUUUGUUCUAGUGAAGGUGGUAUGAAUAUUGAGGAUGUAGCUCAUAACAAUCCGGAUGCUAUUAAAAAAUUCUAUGUAACGCCCUCUGAAGGGUUGACUAAGGAGACGGCUGCUGAGGUUGCGAAGAACCUAGGUUUUAGCAAAGAAGCAGAAGCAGACGCUGCGGACGCCGUACUAAAAUUGUACAAGAUCUUCAAUGAAAAGGAUGCUACUCAGAUUGAGAUCAAUCCCUUGAGUGAGGUUACAGGUCAGGACACAAAGGUUAUGUGCAUGGAUGCCAAAUUCGGAUUCGAUGACAAUGCUAGUUUCAGACAACAAGAGGUUUACUCAUGGAGAGAUCUUUCUCAAGAAGAUCCUGAUGAGGUCAUUGCAAAGAAUUCCGACUUGAACUUUGUGAAGCUUCAAGGCAACAUUGGAUGCUUAGUUAACGGCGCCGGCCUCGCAAUGGCCACCAUGGAUGUCAUCAAGUUGUACGGUGGAGAUCCAGCCAACUUUUUGGAUUGUGGUGGUGGAGCCACUCCGGAGACCAUCGAGACAGCUUUUAAGUUGAUUUUAUCCAAUAGCAAGGUUGAUGCUAUCUUCGUUAAUAUCUUUGGUGGUAUAGUCAGAUGUGAUUAUGUUGCCCAGGGUCUUGUUGCUGCUACGAAGAACCUAGAUGUCAACGUGCCAAUUGUUGCUAGAUUACAAGGUACCAACUUGGAAAUGGGUAAAAGGAUCAUUAAGGAAUCCGGCCUCAAGAUCUACGGUUUCGACGAGUUAGAUCCUGCAGCAGAAAAGGUUGUCCAACUCGCUGGUAAGUAA